UUGUAAACAGUUUUUCUUUUUACCGGCAUUUCCUAUUUCUUAGAGCGAACACGAUCCUCUUGGACGCCGUGGAGAAUGUUGAUUGGAAAGUCGUUCGUUUGUUAUAGUAAGAUAGACAAAGAUCCUGUCUCCGUGUUAUUGGAAUUCAAAGGGAGACCUGAUACACUACUCUUUGAGAGUGGGGCAAUCGCUGAGCUGUGUAAGUAACAAAUUUUUUUUAUGCGAUCUUUUCCCCUGUUUCCGGAAAGAAUGACGUUAUGGCUAUUUUGUUUUUCAAAGAAAAUCGGCACCUGACAUGUAUCUCCACUAGCACUAUUCUAAAACUCUUUCUCGUUCGCGUUCUGACGUUCCUUUUAAUUGAUCAAACCAACUUAAAUUAAAUUGUUUCGAUCGAAUGCAUCUGAUGAUAUUUGCAUAGCGCAGACAAUUAACAACUGUCUGUCCUUUAUAUGGAACCAAGGAGUGAUCGUUAGCAGGCGUGGGUUUAACCUUUAUUUAUAUAGGGUCUGGCAAAGCAAAUCUAAAUAUCCGAAUGCCUAUAAAGGGAUCUUGAAGUAAUGUGAGGCCAUGCAGCGAUUAAAAGAAUUUUGAGUGAGGCAGUGAUGGGUGAAAAAUUCUCAAAAGAAAUAUGCGAGAAAUAAUUUUAAAUGAAAGAAUAGUUCUAUCACUUUUAAUUCAUGUAAUGCAACAACAUCAAGUGUUCACAGUCUUUGAAAACUUUGCUGUUCUGUGAAUUAACUUAGUAUUUUCUACUGAGGAAUCAAGGCCUGAAAAUUGGCUAGUUAUGUAGCUGUUUCUCAUAUGCCACCUUUUUGUUCUCACCACAUUCUGACUUGAUAUGUUCAAAUGUUUGCUUGAGUAAGCUGCCCUCCAAUUCUCAAACAUCCAUCACUGCUCAGGAGAGUCUAGAUAAAGUCACUGAUUGGUGUGGCUUGUGGCUUUUAAGAGCAAAUGCUGACAAAUGCAAGUCCAUGAAGUUCACCAGGGCUAGAGCUCCCUCUCCGUGCAACUACACUAUUAAUAGCUAGCUACUUACCCAGGUGUCUACACACAAACAUCUUGGGGUGGUUCUUUCCAAUGAUUUAUCUUGGAAACCCCAUUUACUGUCUGUUGUUGCAAGAUUGAACAGAUUAUUGGGCUUACUCAAGGGGACAUUUGGAUCUCACUCUAAGGCUCUUUUCACUGGUUAUAAAGCCAUGAUCUGUCCAAUACUCGAGUACGCCUGUCAAGUGUGGAAUCCUCACCAAACAUAUUUGUUUGAAAAACUUGAAUGUGUACAAAGGAAUGUUAUUGAAAUCCUUGAAACUACUGAUGCUAGUUCAACACAGAGAGUUUCUUAGUUUGGUUUAGCUUUUUAAGUUCAUUAGAGGACACUACUCUGUAAACACUAAUGAUUACAUAACCUUCAGUAACAGGCAAUCAAGAGAAAGUCAUCAGUCUAAACUCUAUAAACCAUUUUGCUGUACAGAUAUUUUUAAGUAUUCUUUUUGGCACAGAUAUAUCGACACAUGGAACAGUUUACCAUCAUCAGUAGUUGAAUUUGACCUAAUGAAUACUUUUAAGAAAGCUCUAAAAUCAACAUUAUUUAACUAGGCCUAUAAGUACAAAAUUAAGUUAUUCUAUACAUUAUACAUCAUUUAAUUAUUCAUCAUUUCAACAGAAUUUUUAUCUUAUAUAUGUCUUCUUUACUUAGAUUUUAUAUUUAUAUAGAUAUAUGCUUGUAUGUAAAAUGUUUCAGUGUGUAUAAUUAUGUAUAUUUCAUAGUACUAAAUAUUUAUAUCUGGGAUAUAGUUUGCAAUGAGGAUAAGUUCCUUCCCUCUAUAACCCUUUUUUAAUAAUAAUAUAUUAUAUAUAUUAUUACUAUUUACAUAAAGUUGUUAUAAAGAUAUGUGAUCUUUAGUGAACAGAUGCAGAGUAUCAUGGAAUGUUUUAGUGUGCAGAGCAGAUGUAAUUUUGGCAAGCAAGUGCUCAGUAUUUUCUUAAUGGAAAUUAUAAUAAUGAUAAUAAUAGUUUAUUAAAAUACACACAAUGGCAUAAAAACUAUGAAUUACAGUGUGCCUACAUGAUACAAGAAAUAAAGUUACAUUUGUUUUGAAGGGACUGGGAUUACAGGCUAUUUAUAAAUUAUUUACAAUUCGGAUAUGGGUAAAAUACUAUUAUAAAAAAUAACCAGACUCCUAUUGAUUAGUUGAUUUUUGCCAUUGCUGGGAAAAAACUAGAACCAAAGCGUUUUGGUUUAUACUGAAAACAGCUAGAACUGCUACUGUUCCUAAUAUGGUGAGAGUGGCAUUUGGAUCGCACGGGAGGGAGGAGACAAUGCAGCUGGCAGGCUGGGUUAUUUUUGAUAUUUUACCACACUUUGAGACACAGAUGGGCGCGUUUAUGCUCUAAACUGGUAAUGUUGGCUUGCGCAAGGGCCUGUUGAUAGUGGAGGUCAGGAUAUACAAUUCGCAGAGCCCUCUUCUAGAUAGCUUCUAGCUGGUCAAUGAGGAAGCGAGGAAGGCAGGUAGCCCAGACAACGGAAGAGUAUUCUAGGACAGAGCAAACCAAGGCGCUAUAGAUGGUGACAAGGUCCACUGGAGGGACCCCAGUGCGCUUCAAGACCCUAAGAAUGUGCAGUUGCUUGGACGCUUUGGAGAAGAUGUCGUUGGUAUUAUCAUUCCACCUCAGGGUGUCACACAGGGUCAGACCGAGAACUUUGUAAGAUGAAACUGUCUAUAGAGGUAAAUUAUUGAUAGAGAACAUUGGGGGAACGGGUUUGUUUUUGAGUGGACAGAUGGUCAUGAUCUUACAUUUUUACAUUUAGAUUCAUGUUGUUCUGCUGGGCCCAUUGUGAAAUGCAGUCGAUGUCGUUCUACAGAGAUGACACCUCCCCCAAACUGGAGACCUCGGAUAUUGUUAUGUCAUCAAUGUACUUCCAGUGGCUCGAGGGGGGGGAGUGAGUAGUCAGGUUGUUGAUCGUUAUCAGAAAAAGGAUUGGACCCAAUUUGGUGCCCUGGGGGCCACCAGCAUGUACGGGCAUCCACUCUGAGAUGGAGUUCAAGAGCUUAACAGCCUGGCGGCGGCUACUGAGGAAGCUACAAAUCCAACUAAUCAACCAGCCUCUAACACCUAGAUGGAUUAGCUUGGUCACCAAGAUGGUAAUCAAAUGCUUUGCUUUGAAAGCACACAUAGAGGAACUUGCCAGGGCAGUCAAGGGAUGACAGCCAAUUGUGCAGCAUGUCCAAUAGGCAGUAGGUUGUAGAAGUAACUUUAAGGCUGCCAAACUGUUGAGGAUCAAUAUGAUGUUUAAUGUCAUCUAUCAGCCACUCAACAAAGAAAUCUUCAAGCACCUUAGAGAGCACUGAAGUCAAGGAGAUAGGUCGCAAGUCCCUGUCACCCGUAACUGGUUUGACCUUUGGGAUGGAUGUUAGGUUUCCACCAUUCUGGAAACACGCCAGAUGACACUGAGCGAUUGAAGAUCACAGUUACUGGUUCAGCAAGCUCGGGUGCAAAUUUUUUGAGGAGGUGUGGGGGAAUGCCAUCUGGCCCUGUGGCUUUGUAGGCACUAAGACCAAGUAGCUUACGACAUACAGCUGAGGUGGUUAUAGUUGGUGGUUGGUCUGGUGGUGGCAAGAAAUCAGGAAGGGCGGUGGUUUCAAGUGGUUGGAUGUCAGAUGUAACAGAUAUUGCUGCCAUCUUUAAUUUUAAUGGCAGUGGAAGGCUGGGGAGAUAAAAGAAAUUUGUACCAAGGGAGCAGUCCAUAGCCAGAAAUAACUAGAGGGAUGGGGGUGCGGGAGUGAAGAUUAUGCUUGUACAAGGUCAUUGUUAUUUUGCAAAACUCUGUUUGCCCUUGAAUGGAGUUCCCAAUUGGUGUGGUUAAGCUGUCAAUCACAAGCCAAAUGCGUCAUUCAGACAUUAUACUCUGGUAGGAGAAAGAAAUUGUUGAUGGUGAAUUUGUUAGUUUUGAUUCUGUUUUUGAGGAAGCACUUAAGUGUCUCUAAGAAUUUGGUAUGUCUCACACAUUAAUUGGAACAAAAAGAAGCAAUCCCUACACUGAUUUUAGGAAAGGAUCUACCUGCUCUAUUGCCAACUGGCUUUGAAAAAAGCCUGAUAUUUCAGGUAUUGGUUUAUAUGAAAGAAAUAAUGAUGGGGAAACCUUUGAGUGUUGUUGUCAUUUGUCAGCUUCAAAGUAUUGUUUAUGAUCAAAUGGCAAAAGCAUCUUCAGAAAAUCAUCAAAUAGAUAAUGACAGCUAUACUCAAGGAUUGUUGUUUAGAAAAUAUAGAGCACAGCAGAUAUAUCAGCUCAUAUUUAUGACUGCGGAGGAGGUUUUGUCAAAGCCAUUUCUUUUCUGGCUGAAGAAACUGCCUCACCAUUUCACUCAUUGGCUCUUUCUGUGUUUUUUUUUUGUAGGAAGACAGUGCCUCCAGUUUUUUUAUUUAACUCAUUUUGAUUGGUUACAUACUAAUUUCUGGAAUACAGUGGUGCACAACUAAUCAGGGGGUGUUUGCUUUUCAGGCAGGUGUCUUUUUGCCAUUCCCCGCCCCCUACCCCCACUGUCCACUUUAACUUCAAAUCAAACAUGGCCAGUUUGAUAAACAAUUGCAAACUUAUAAUGUUGGCUCACCCUAAUGAGAUGCCUGAUCUACAAUUUUCAUGACAUUUCUGUUUGUUCACAGCACAAUGGGAAACAGAGAGUAUCAAGAAAGGAUAUUCAAAGGUUUUUGAUGCUUAUGGCUGUCUGGGAGUACUCAAAAUUAAUCUGGGUAAGUCAUUUUAUUAAUUUUGUAAGUAAUUUGUUUAUUUUAGUUCUUUGUGCUCCUCAUGCUGUAUUGUAUAAUAGUUAAACUGCCACUCUGUACUUUAAUUCCUGACAUUUCACUCACUUUUGGUCAUUUGAUCUUCAAUAGUAUCUUUCAGAGAUACAAUUUGGGAAAUGUAAGUCAGAGCAAGUUUAUGAAUGGCCUCAAAAGUUAACAAUAAAAUUUUAAAAACUAUUCAGUAUGCUAGGGGUAACUAGUGUAGGGCUCUUAGCAAUGGUGUAAUAUGACAAAAUUUACUUCCUUUGAAUACAAGGCGUGCAGCAGAGUUCUGGGCUCUUUGCAGUUUCUGAAUCUUAUACGCUGGUAAGCCAUAGAACAAGGCAGCUGGAAAUAAAGGCAUGUACCUGAGUUUCCGUACAUUCUUUGCUUAGAUAUUUCCUUAUCGUCCUGAUAGAGUACAAAUAAUAGAAUGCUGCAGAGCUUGUUUUCAUUAUGUGAUCACCCACUGAUAGGUUAGAAUCUAACCACACACAGAUUCCGAAUGGUAAAUUGUAGAGCAAUGAUAGAUUAUCCAGUAAUUAAGGCAGUAGUUAUGGCUGCAUCAAUUGUGACUUUAGCAAGUUGCCGUCUGGUGUUGAUCAAAAGAAGUUCUGUUUUGGUAUCAUCAUGAGCAAUUUGUCUUUAUAAAUCGAUUGCCUGAUGUCUUGAAUGCAAUGUUCAAUAGAAGCAACUGCAUCAGCCUGGGCAGAGUGUGCCAUGGGAUCAGAUGAGAUGUUUAACUGUGAGUCUUUGGCAAUAAUAAUGAACAGUUGGGAGGUGCUUUUCCACGACAUUGAACAGUGCGCUUGCAUAAACUGUAAAGAGAAGUGAGCCAAGGCAUGAACCUUGAGGAACACCAUGCCACAGGUCAAACUCAUCAGAUACAGCCCUCUGCACUGAGACUCACUGGGAGCAGCCAGACAAAUAAGAUCAGAACCAGUCGAGGGCAGUGCCAUUCAAACCAAGUUGAUGAUAAUUUGUUAAGGAGAAUGCUGUGAUCAAUAAUAUAGAAAGCAGCACUGUGAUAAAGCAAUACAUCAUCAUUCAUUUUUUUCACAUGAAGUAAGUCUCAGGGAAGAAGAGCUGUUCCACCACUAGUACGAUCAGUGCAGGGAUGGUCACAAAGCUUGUAAUUUGUCAGAGGCAACUCAUUUCUUACUGCAUCAUCAUUUACAUUCAGCCAAGUCUCUGUGAUUGCAAGCAGGUCAAUUUUAUGUUCACAAACGAAGUUGAAAAUGUCAGCUGAUUUAUUUGUCACAGAUUGAGUGUUCAUUAAGCAGAAUGACAAUGGGUGUUUAAAAUCCUUAACCAUAGGCAAGCAAUUCAUCACAAUGAGGUUGGAUGAGUUUUUUGAUCACAUAGAUGGAGGUGUUUUUUCGAAUACCAUUUGAACAGAAUGUAGAUAAAUUAUCAUUGUUCUCAGGACAAGGAUUGAGCUUAAAUACUUAUUUGUCCACAAGAAAACAAUGGAAUGUCGCUGUUAAAUUUAAGUAAUAUGCACACAUUAUUUUAUGGCAUUUGAUCUUGACAUUCUGAUCCCAAAAAUAUGACAAAAAGUUCUUGUUAAUGCAGAAGGUUCCAUUAUUAAUGACAAUCCUAUUGUUGCUGGUGUUCCAAGUCGGCAGGAGAACCAAUGAGAAAUCAUUAACAAAAUAGGUUCUAUUGUGAGUAUUCUGGUCUGUAAAAUUUGCAUCUCCAACUGCAUUUGUCCAAGAGAGAAUUGCCCCAACAAAAAAUAUCUGAUUUUCUGAAGUAGAUGGAGACUUUGAAACAAGCACAACUGUCAAGGAUGGACCCCAGGCAACCAGGUGUGAUCCGCAGAAAACAAUUCAUCAUUACUGCAACCACAGCGAAGAAACCAAAUGAAAAAGACCAAGCUCAAAACUAUGGCGUGGCACAAUCAUGAACAUAUUUGAAAUUGUGCCUUUAGAGGGAGCAAGUGUAAUAAGAACUUUGAUGGCGAUAUAAAAAUGAUCACUGGCUUGAGGAAAUUUUCUGAAUCUUAGUCAUGAAUAUCCGCUAAUUAUUAAUUAUUUCUGACCAAGGCCUCCUGGAUCAAGUCAUCUCAUUGAGGAUAUUUUUUUCUUGUAGGUGAACAGGAGAGAAGUUUGUUUCUUGUUCUUGUUACUGGCUGUACAUCAGUAGGAAAGAUAAAUGACAAUGAAAUAUUUCGUAUCAAUGCCACUCAGUUGAUUCCAUUGCAAGAUGGUCAAGAUGAGGAGAUUCUUGCUGAACUACGCAAGUUUUUAAACUCUGGAACAUUUUAUUUCUCUGUUUGUUCUGGAGAUCAGCAACCAUUGGAUUUGACAUUGUGUGCACAGAGAAGAUAUGAGAGCUGUGAACCUGAUAACAGGUUUUUCUGGUAAGUGCCACCCAGUAAUUUUUAUUGUAAAGAUAGUAUUUUAUAGAGGGAACCUCUUGACCUGCCUAGACUUUUGGUAAGCAGUGCUACAUACAGCAUCACACUGCCAUUGCAGCGUUUAUUUAGGGGUGACGCUUGUUAACUUUUUUGUCCCAAGUGAGGCACUUAUCUAAAGGAGGCCCUUAUUUAGGGGGCAGUGCUUAUUUGAUUAAAUUCAACAUUUUUGGUGGUACUUCUUCUGGACAAGAUGCUUUUCCGUGGCAAGUUAUUUCCAGGCAUCGUCAGCCUUCCUGACCAUGUUGGGGUAAUCACUUGCCCUUCUUGAUGCUAAGAGGAACUAUGAAAGUAGUGUCUUAUGAAAGAACACAGUGCAAUGACCUGGGAGGUCUUGAACACAGACCUUCCAAUGCUAAGCCCAGGUCAAUAACCAUUAGGCCACUACAUCUCCCAUUGUGUUGAGUCUAGUGUAAUCCUCUUUUUUCUGUUACUGAGUAGGAAUCGCUGCUUACACAUUCACCUACAGAGGUUUGGAAUUGACUGUUCACAAUGGCUGUUACGGGUUAUGUGUGGUGCAGUGGAAAUACGAACUGUGUAUGCUGGAAAAACUCAAGCUAAAGCUUGUAUCAUGUCUAGACUGAGUUCUGAGAGAGCAGGAACAAGGUUUUAUGUCAGAGGCACAAAUGAUGAUGGGCAUGUGGCUAAUUUUGUAGAAACUGAACAGGUACUGACUGGAUCAUCUGUGUCCCUUGCUCCUAUGAUGGAAUUUUAUGGUACACAAUGUCAUGCCAAUUCUCUUUUCUGAGGUGUGAUAAUACUGUCUUUAAGUCCCAAGACAGUUAAAUCAUUUAACAGAUAGAUUCUAUGUUAAGUUGUCUCUGUUCUGUAAUAGAUCACAGAUGAUGUCAAAAUGCGAUAAGAAAAAAACUAGUGGCAUGCAAGGUGCAAUCAAUUGAGUGUCCUAUUACUGAACACAUGUAUGACUUAUAAAUUAAAGAAGCCAAAGUUGAUUAUUUUGUAUAUCUUUGUCCUCUUAUGAUCAUAAAAAGAACCCAAUCAAAACGUAUGCAGUAUUUAGAAAUAUCAUAGAAAAUAGCAACUAACAAUGAUUAUUGACUUGGGUUAAUUUUGACCUAGUUUCCUUACUAAUACCAUUUCUGCAUGUCAUAACAGUUCAUUGUGCUUGAGGACAUGACAACAUCUUUUGUCCAAACUCGAGGUUCAGUACCAGUCUUUUGGGAGCAGCCUGGUUUGCAGGUAUUAUCACCAAACACUGAUAGCAGUUGCUUUCAUUUUGAACAAAACAAUUAAAGAAAUGGAAAUCAAAAGUAAAAUUGUAAAAGACACUUAUUGUGGUUGUCACAAUUUUUCACUAAAACAGUGUUUCAGCAAUUAUUACAAAUUAUAAAGGACUUUAAACCAAGGUCUUGUGAAAUUAAAGAUAAAUGGCAAUAUAAUUUAAUUUCCUUUGAUUUACGGAUUCUUGUGUUUUCACAAUUUUCAGGGUUUUAGUAGUAAUAUGUAAUAAUUUAUUUAUUGUCAACAACGUGGGAAGUGGUCGCACAAUCAUCUGAGCAAUGAGGCUCGUGUACGAAACGCUUGACAACAAAACAAAAAGAAUAAGUUAGGGAAAAUAGGUAAAAAUAUAGCAUAAAAUAUGUAAGAUAAUAUAUAGAAUAUGUGAGGAUCCUAAUAGAGUAUAUAGAUGUAUCAGACUAUGAAAAGAAUAUAAGAAUAAAAAUGAUCAAUCAAAUUCCUAGGCAGGAGUGACACAAGUGCCCUUUAAAAUUAGUGUGACUUAAUUUCCUGCAAAAUUUCAGAGAUAGAAUUGCUUCGUUAGAUUGAGUUAUUCAAUUUUCUUUGGUAAUGAGAGGCAAUGUAGAUACAUUAGUUAUGUAAAAGAGAGCUAUUAUAUGAUACUUGCUCUACAUUAACACAAUUAUUUCAUAAGUUAUAUCCAGUGGUUCUUGGUGUGAAAAAAAAGAAAUGUAUUGUGGGGUUUUCAUUGAUGAAUGUAGAACUAAGCAAGAUAAUAUGUAUCGACCAUUGAACCACAAAAGGUGAUGUUAUAACAGUAUAUUUAUUUGUAUUUCAUAAGGUUGGUUCUCACAAAGUCAAACUUUCCAGAGGGUUUGAAGCAUCUUCACCUGCUUUUGACAGGUUAGAUAAAAACGCUCCAAAAAAGUGUUACAUUAGUUCAAUAAAGAGAGACUGUGAUUUGGUUGGUCACAAGCACGGAACAAAGAAGAAAUACGAAUUUCCCAAGAGGAAUACAACCUUAGACCUCAGUUAACAUGCAGCAGUCUUGUACAGAAAUUUCAAUGAUAACAGAAGCAAGGUAAAGUCUUUAAAGUCUCAUAAAGAUUUCUGUACAAGAGACUUAACCUAGCUACUAUCAUUAUUAAGAUUUCUGUGCCAGGGAGUUUACCUUGCUACUGUCUGUUAUGAUAACAGUAGCAAGGUAACAAUCUUCCAAAUGAUCGGUCAUAAGGCAGUGAACAUUCCAGACAUAUUUCAGGGUUUUAUGGUUUUCUGAGCGUGAUAUCGGGGUACUAACAUUUUAGAAUUGUCCAGAAAGCCGUUUUAUCAUCAUCAAAUUUAGAAGUGUGAGGAAGAAAUAAAUUCUAAUAUUUCACUUAGAUAUCCUUAUACCAUGCAUAAUGAUAUAAAUGUAGUCUCUUUACUCUGAAUUGACAAUCAAGGUUUUAACCGCUUUUUUGUUCAUUUGUUACAGACAUUUGACAAGCCUGAAGAAUCUUUAUGGUCAACAGUUGCUUGUGAACUUGCUUGGUACAAAAGAAGGUGAAAACACACUUAGCAGUGCAUAUCAGGUACAAAUCCUACCUAGUUGUUAUUCCUCUCAUACGGAGGUUGGAUGCGUUGCUAAAAAUGCCAGGUAAUAAAGCUCUCUGGUUCAAUGGGCUCUCGUCCCUUUUAGUUCUAUGCUGGCAGUAAAACUCAGCGAAAUCAAGCAUGGGAAUGCGUUUUGAUUUAAACGUGUGUGACGUGAGGUUCCAUGUGGCAUGUGGUUGAUAUCAUUGGUCAAAUUGAGUCGCUGUGCAAGUUUUCAAAAGUGGCUGCUUCGAUAACUGGUUUCUACACCUAAAGCUCCGCUGUUCGUUUCCGCAGUUCUGCCUCCCUCAUCGUUUCCAUUGAUUGUCAACAAAACCACCAGCUACUCGAGUCAUUCUAGUUGGUUUGCCUUCAGUUGUAAUUAAGUUUCAGAAUUUCGUUUUAAAUCAAGACAGUUUUAUCGAACUUGUAGAUUUUUCAAUCUCGUUACAUUUUCGCUGAAUAGCGCUUUGUAGUUGUGAGGAGACUUAAAAGAUUAAUCAAGUUUAGGAUUUCAAAGAUUUUUGAGUAAUUUUUCUCCUAAAGUAUAGACGUGGCACCUUUUUUAGACAGUGGUUCUCCAAGGAUCAAAUACUAUAUUUGAUUGAAGCCUUAAUUCAUUUUCAGGAUCAGUUGAAAGACUCAAUUCAUGGCCGGGAGACUCGCAUGAUUUGCUUUGACUAUCAUCAAAACUGCCGAGGUGGGAAGCUGGACAAGCUAUCGGCGCUGAAGGAAAAGGCGCGACCUUCUCUUGACGAGUUUGGCUUGUUCUUUGCUAGAGGAGAUCACAUUAAAAAGUGUGGUGCUUUUUCUUUGUCUAUUGAUAAUCUUUUUCUCAGUGAAUUCAUAGUUCAAAUAGCAUUUAUCACCCUCCAAAAGUAUCUUGAGUCUUCAAACCUUAAUUUCGUAAUUGAAGUAGUUCUCAGGCUGAAAUGAUCCCGAAAGAAUCACCUCUUUUUCAUUCACCAUAGGGGGUCUUGCUGAAAUCUUUCCGUGCAAAAUAGCUGUUUCCUUCGCGUUUGUCUUUUCCUAAGUACUAUUAGUCAAUUUUACUGUGUCUUCCUCAGGAAACAAAAAGGAGCUGUUCGUACAAACUGUAUCGAUUGCAUAGAUCGUACCAACAGUGUGCAGAGUUAUUUGGGACUUGAGGUAUGUUGAAUUUAACGAUAAAUCUGUAAUUAAACGUUCAGAGAAAUUCAUAUGGUGGAAUUGCUUCUUUAUGUUCUGUUAUUGGUUAAGAAAAGAAAUUUUUUCUCCCUCUCAACCAGUGGAUGCAAAAUAGAAUCGACAGAUGUUGGGCUCUCGCAUUUUCCCGUGUUGUGUUUCUCUUUCUGCUUGACCGUUUAGAUUACAAGUACUUAGGCUUUUCUUCCAGGACAAUCAGUUGCAAAGUGUUCUGAUUUUAAUUUUGGAAUCACUUCACAGUGGGUGUGCAAUUUACACUUGCAAUUUAUAUUCGAGUAUUAGUUUUCAAGGAGUAGUUCAGGUCGCUGUUCACUUGAACGUGGUUGCUAAUUCGUCUGAUGUUUGUGUUAUUAAGCUGUCACGGUCGAACUUUGUUUACUGCAUCUCUCCCAGCCUCUACAAUUUUAGUAGUAGCAAUUAGAAUGACUUGAUCCAACAAGCAAACAGGGAAUGCGCUUUCCUAGUGUUUGUUGUGGUGGAAUCUGGAUGAAAAGAUGAGGGGUGGAGACUAGACCGGCUAAUUGUGUUUGGUUUAAAAUGCUGAAACAAAGACCUUAGGGUCGAUACUUUAGCGUUUGAGCGCGCCAGAAUUAGUUUCAUUCUUCUCCCGGUUGCCCGUCCACACAAAAAAACCUCUCUUCUUAAGUCCUCUUAAGUUAGUUUAGACAAAAAGCGAGGCCCUGUAACACCUAAUAGUUCAACAACGUACUAACAAACUGCGGGAGAAACCUGGUAGAAUGCUUGUAAGGAAAGAGAGGGCAGGGGUUUACUUGCUAUGAAAUUGCAUUCAAGUAGCUUAUGAGCAGGCUAUCAUUAGCAUUGCGCAUGAGCGGCGAAACCCUUAAAAUUCGAAACGAGGAGCGAAACGAGUUUAAACGAAGUUGUGAGGAAUGUGAUGCUUAAAAUCAGUUUUCGUGCCAGACUCCACACAGUCCUCGCUCGCUUCGAAACCUGCGGGCUUCCCGGCUCGUGCCUCUGCACCAAUGAGGGAUAACUCACAGGAAAGCUUUCCAGAAGAGAGGCAUUACUUCCAGACGCCUAAUACUACAGAAAUCGGGAUAAGAUGGGCUGCUAAGCUUGUGUUUAGACUUAAUGUCUUCCUUUUGCAGAUGUUAUCGCAGCAGUUAGAAUUCCUUGGUUUAACAAGCAAACAAGGAAUGCUGUCCAGAUUUCAGGAGGCUUUCCGUACCAUGUGGGCACAAAAUGGCGACCAUAUCAGCCGCAUCUAUCUUGGCACAGGGGCCUUAGAUGGCAAAGCCAAGGUAGAGCGAAUGAUGAACAAGAGAUUAUAAACAUUUUAUAGUCUCUUCAUGAUGAAUUAAUUAAGAAAAAAGAAGGCGGAGAUCAUGGUGACAAAAACAAGGGAAAAAUGAAAUUUUAUUUCGUAUAGUAGGAGAAAGUUAAUGGCUGACAAAUAAACAGUUGAUGUGUUGUAAAUGUACAUGAAAUAGAAGGAUUUAAGCUUGAGUUUUUUUUCAAAAAUUACGAUGAUAACAACGACCAAUCAUAAAAGGUAAAUAUCGCAGGAAGUCAGAAGGUAAUAAUAUAUGCCUGAAGCGCGAAAAACCCCGACUGGUCAACCCAAGAGAUUAUAUUCUCUUACCAGGCCAUAUUUGGUUAGUGUUAUGCAUCUGGUUGGCUGAGUUUUUUUUCUGUCUUCCAAAGGUGAUCAACAAGCUACGAGAUGGUGCACGCUCAGUCCAUAGAACCAUCGUCAACAAUUUCUUGGAUGGAAGCAAACAGGAGGCCAUUGACAUGUUGUUGCUAGGCAACACAUUUGUUGGAGAGUUGGGUGAAAGGGCACGUGCGUUGCUGUAUGCUUCGUUUCUUCAUUGUAAGUCACAUGACCCUACCUGGCAUCCUUGAUGUUCUGUUUCCUGGGUUUGUAUCCAACGAAAAAUCGUGAAAGUUUUACGAAUUAUCGUGAAUUAAAGCGACCGCAUUUUAUCAACGAAAAAAAUGACUAGGUAUACAGGGAUGACACAAGAACAGUGUAACAUAGGAAUGACACGAGAAGUCUGCUUUUUUUUCCUCAAUCAUCCGUAAAGGGUUAACACCCCGGUAAAGUAAUAGAAAGUCCGUUCUUUUGCAUUUGCAUUUCGGUCGGGGAAGUGCCAAGCUGUGCUAAUUACGUGAAAUUUCCAUUCCGUAACUUGCUUUCUCUUUCCCCAGCAUCACCCAUGAUCCUACGGGAGCUGUGCGAUCGCCAUCUUGAAUACACCACGUGGUCCAAUAUACGGGUCUGUGUCGGCACAUGGAAUGUAAACGGAGGGAAACACUUCCGAAGUAUCGCUCACAAACACCAAACAAUGCAUGAUUGGCUGCUAGAUUUUCACGAAACACUUCCGGACAGCGGUUAUUCAGAAAGUGGUGAUGUCAAUUUUAAAGUACCCACAGAUGUUUUUGCUAUAGGCUUUGAGGAGCUGGUUGACUUGAAUGCAUCAAAUAUUGUUUCAACCAGGUAAUUGUUUGGUAAUCUUUUCGAAUGUCUCCUAAAGUCGGUCAUUAUUAAUGAAAUUAUGUUUCCAAAGGGUCUUGAUAUUAGCAGGCAAGUCAAGAAUUUAAAGAAAGCGACGAAACAUUUGAGUUUGUGUGUGCUGGCUGUAAUGCCUGUUACGUCGGUGAAACCUGCCGGCAUUUUUCCUCACGUGUUAGAGAGCACUUAGUCGGUGAUAGGGCCUCUCACAUUUUCAGGCAUUUGAAAGAUUCUCCGCACUGUCGCGCUUUGUGUUCAGCAGAGAACUUCCAUGUUUUAGAUCACGCCUCUACCGGUUUUCAGCUUAAGAUAAAAGAGGCUAUUCAUAUUCAAAGAGAACAACCAUCUUUGAAUCAAUAAUUACACCAUGUAAAUCUAAAACUAUCUUUUUAAUUCUCACACUUGCGUGCUUUACCUCUCUUCUUGUUGUCACUAUUCAUCUUAAUUAGCACAUUUCUACUUUCUAUAUAAUUCAACUUUCAACGCUUUGUAUAGUAAUUAACUGAAGAAACUAACUCAAAAGUUUUGCCGCUUUCUUUAAAUUCUUGACUUGCCUGCUAAUAUCAAGACCCUUUUGAAACAUCAUUCACGACAUAGCAGGAAAGCUGAUCUGCGAAAAUUUGAGAUGAUCUCGAUCAAAUCCUGCAAAGCUGAGUUGGAUUUAAGCUUCGUACGCAACUGUCAAUCUUUCCAAUGUUUUUCAUAAGUUUCUUAGCUUCAAUCUUCGCAACACCAACCGACACGACACUAUCACCAUACGUAAGUAGCUUUUGAAAAGUGCGAUCGCCAAACGCUCCAAGGAACUUCGAAAAUUGAUCCACGCUAGAGAUCAGUUAACUACUCAUGUCCAAAGUGUCCUGAACAGUGUUGACUUUUAUAUUCUUAAAUGGGAAUUACAUCACACCGUUAUUAAAGCAACCGCUCAAUUUAUCAAGACUCACCAGAACAAGCUUUAAAAUCUCACUCGCAACACGUCUCUUCCCUUUACAUCAAAUGAGACUGUCACCAACAUUUCCUCACUCAGUCUCACAUCACAACAACUUAACAUUCUCAAAUUUGGAUUAUCACAUUCCAUCCGUCUACCAAAAAUAUAUGAGUCAGAUGUCUUCACAUGCUUUGAGCUCAUCAACCACACCAUGGCCAAGAACUUGAGAGACACCAAACAAGCAAGAAAACUUGCUUAGGAUCUUUCUCAUUUGGCUUACUCUUAUGUUUCUUUAUACCGUUCCACGACUGCCGACCUCAAGGAACUCAGAGUUCUUAAGGAGCUAAGGAAGAACAAAAACAUUGUCAUUUUAAAACCUGACAAAGGGAACGGAGUUGUUGUACUGGACCGAACAGAUUACGACCAUCAGCUAAUUAAAGAAUGGCUUUAUCCACAGACUGGAAAGAAAUAGAGCAUUAUGACCCACGUAGAGUCAUUUCCGCUAUUUUAAAUAAUGCUAUUUUCUAUUUUUUUUGUAUGACAAUCAUCUCUAUUUAUAUUCUUUAUACUCUCAGUUAUAUUGGAGUCUUAAAUGAUAAAAGGACUCUUAUUUUGAACUUUCACUUAAGAUACUUUUUUUAACAAUUUCAGUUCAAAUCAGCGUAAGGAAUGGGGCGAGGAGCUGCGCCGUAUCGUAUCACGUGAUCAUGCGUAUGUUCUGGUGACAUGUGAGCAGCUGGUUGGUGUUUGUAUGUUUGUGUUUAUUCGGCCUCAUCUGGUCCCAUUCAUCAGGUGAUUAAACUCUUCCAUGUUAUCUUCUAUCCAAGAUGAUUAUAUCAUAGAGGGUGAUUUGUCGAAUUCGCGACGGUUACGAAACGUAAGCAAAAGUUCGUACAGAGUCUUUUCACUUGUUGGGGGGGAAUUGGGUCCUCGAGAAGCAUUUUAUCAUAAUUAAGUUUCAGUAUUGCUUACGUCUUGAUAUCACAAAGACCAAUCCAGAGGGACAAUCUUGGAAGAAAAACAACGAUUACAACCCUUGACGUUUCCGCAUUCAAAAGAAUUCCAUAACGACAGGGCAGAUUAUAUUUUCCAUCCUCCAUCAUGACACCUUAUUUUUACGUAAACGCAGUCUUUCUUGUUGUGAAUAAAGCGCUAACUGAAAGCCAAAAGGAAUCGAGCACGUACUAUGGUUUAUUUCAGAGAUGUGGCUGUCCAUUCUGUGAAAACAGGCCUCGGGGGAAGUGCUGGGAACAAGGGAGGCGUGGCCAUCCGUCUGUUACUUCACGCCACCUCCAUCUGUUUUAUUUGCUCACAUCUGGCUGCCGGUCAGUCGGGUGUGAACGAUAGGAACAGUGACUAUCACGAUAUUACAUCAAGGAUAGCUUUUCCCAUGGUGAGAAAACAUGCAAUAGGAUGUAGUAUGUACCCGGCACACCAUUGUAUUCUGCUUUAUGCGCCCUGAUCGACUUGCUCAGGAGUGAUUGGCAUCUUCGAUUUGCUUCUAAGCCGCCGAAGAGACAAAACUGCGCUUUGGGAGUUAAAUGUUUUACAAUUUUUUGGGAUAUUGGCAGAUAUAAUCUAAAUUUUUGGUUCUUGGGUGUAAACAUUAAAACAGUUAUUUUCCAUAGUGUCGAGAGAAACGCUACACUUACUAAGGUGUUGCCUGGCUUCUGUUGAAGAAUGUCAUAUCAGUUUCCUUUUAGCCAGCGGUAGUCGUGCGAAAGGAUUUGGCGGAAGCGAGCAAAGAACAGUGGCAGCUCGUUCUUUUUUUUCCUCUCUUGUGUCUUAAGCCUUUGUGCGGUUUUUUUUCACUCGCUUAUCUCUUGAUAAGGCUAAAGAAGUGGCUGAAAUGACUGCUUUACAGGCACCACUUUUUCAAAAAAAAGUUGUAGUUUCUACUAAGCAUUAUUUUAUUUAUUUUCAAGUAACAGAGACCUUUUGUUAUGUUAUGUUAAUUUCUUUUCAUUUUUGUUGACAAUCAUCAGUAUCCUUGGUUAUCCCCUUAAGUCAUUUUAUCGCUUGAUUCCAGGUCCAGAGGUUCAUUUUGUCAUUUGUCAUGUUGAUUAUUCCCAAAAAGUCGAACUAAUUUGCACGUUAUCUAUGAAUGAAGAGUCUGUUUUUCCAAAUCUUUAGCGAAGUAUUUCAAGAUGCACUCUAUACAAUUGUGUUGUUACAUGGUCCUCCUAGGGUCGCAGCUUGACCUCACAUGACUAUGUAUUCUGGUGUGGAGAUUUCAACUAUCGCAUUGAUAUGCCAAUAGACGAAGUGAAAGAACUGAUUAAAAACAAACAAUGGGAAGAACUUUUAAAGGAAGAUCAACUUAUCAAACAAAGGAAUGAACACAAGGUAAACUAUGUGCCAACUCUAAAAUGGUACGGAAACUUAACUGAUUAUCUAUUCCAGAAAAGGUCCAUAUUGUCUAACUUCAGUUUGCCCCUCGGAACGAUAGAAAUUUCCGCCCAAUCGCACUUCUGGUUCAGUUCGUUAUCGCGCAUGUGCAAAUAACUGACAUCACAAGUAAUCGUUGUGACAACUUUACUCUAUUCUCUCGUCAUUUCUUUCAGUGAUUAUAUUUUGUUUAUUUGUAAGGUCUUCUGCGCCUUUCAUGAAGGAAAAAUUGCGUUUGCUCCAACUUACAAGUACGACUUAUUUUCUGACGACUACGAUACAAGCGAGAAGAUGCGUAUUCCUGCCUGGACCGACCGCGUACUUUGGAGACGGAGAAAGCCUCGGUACAAGUCAACCACAUUAGUACGUAAACAUGUGUCUGCGCAGCAGAAUCAAUUGGAACGGGGGUAUGAAUCACUCCUGAUGGGAGGGGGGGACGGGGAAGAUGAUGAUAGCAACGAUGAGGAUGAGGCAGACAAAGGAGACGAGAAAGGCGAAAUUAAGCAUCAGGAUGAAAAUGAAGGUGAAAAAUAAUGCAGACGACAAGUCACACUCUCUUUUGACAGCUAGCAGCUGAAUACAAAGCCAUGUGCUUUAGCUCCUAGACAAAAAUACUCGACCGGUCAUUUCUUCAAUAAAUGAUUCGCUCUGACUCGAAAUUUUCAGCGCUUAUAAUUCGGAUUGUGUCCUUUCUUGCUGGGGUAUUAAAUCUUUUUAUCCUGUGACAACUUUUUAUUGAUGGUCACCACUGUGAAGGAGAGUCUAUCAUGAUAGUGUCAAAAUUAUUUUGGGCCGUAAACUCCUUGAACGAGUUUAAAUUGCCAUGAAAAUUCAUGAAGUACACACACUGGAUAGUCUUUAAGUCACCAAUUGAUCAUUAUUCCCCCUACAUAUUUUUUUGAUUCUGUUACAAGUGUAGAUCUCAUUUUUUCGCUUUGUUGACAUAUUACUGGAAUAGAGAGAUCUAUACUGUCUUCCCGUAAUUAAUUGUUUUCCUAAUUGCCUUUUUUUUCCCUUUUAGACAAGAAAGGCGAUAAGGCACAUGAAAGGGGAGGAAUUAAUUUCUCUGCGGGAAAAGUUUUAUACUACGGCCGGGCUGAGUUGAAAACCUCAGAUCACAGGUACAUAUAUUGUCCUUUAAAUGGAGCAGGUAGCUUAAAGAGAGAAUUUUCUCAUCUUUACUGGCUAUGUGGGAUCAGCGAUUAUUUAACAAAAUUGUUGGGGUCUUUGUGUUUUUUUUUUCCAGUUAUUUGGCUUAACUUCUCAUGUUUAGGCAUAUAAGGAAAAGCAAAACGUGAUACAUAGUUGUAUAAGACAUGUUGUUAAAAACAGGAUUUUACGCUCAUACUAAAUUAUGAUGACAUUUGUGCCCACUGCAAGUUUACGUUAAUACUCUUCCACAAAACGUGAUACAUAGUUGUAUAAGACAUGUUGUUAAAAACAGGAUUUUACGCUCAUACUAAAUUAUGAUGACAUUUGUGCCCACUGCAAGUUUACGUUAAUACUCUUCCACAGGCCAGUUGUUGCCCUCGUAGAGAUUGAGAUACAGCAGGUUGAUUGGAAGAAACAGUGUGACGUACAUGACCAUGUCAUGAGAGCAAUGGGUCCUGCUGACCCUACUAUUGUGGUUACGAGUGACGAAGCAGCUGAAGAGGAUGCUGGGAUUGAUGUGUCGGAGCUUCUUGAUGCCGUGGAGCCUUAUGGGACGGUUGUAUUAGUGAGGUGAGAAUGAAAUUACCCAGUUACUGACGACAAUGGUAAGGUAACGCCACGUUUCUGUCUAAAAAAAGAAAUUACUAUAUUAACAGAUAUUACAAAAUUGGCGUUAUACUUAUUCAUUCUGCCGGCGCUUUUCAAGGAAAUAUUGAAAAUUUUAUAAGCCGUAGCGAACUGGUUACAGGAAAACUUACGGUUACUUCCCACCUUCAAAGGCCGAAAAAUAAACUUUUUCUUUUAUUUGGCUAAACUGAAUUCAACAUUUUACCUAAGGUUUCCAAAAGAAAAAAUUAUUAAAUCUCCAAAAGCAUCUGAGUUCCUUUGAAAAACUUAUUUUCAGAUAAAGGUUGUCAAAUUAGGAAGAUGUCGUAAUCUCGUACCUGGGCGAACCCCCUGGGGGAAUUUUCGAAUUUCUAGGGUAUUUAGAUUUGGUCGAUUUUCGUCAAAUUUCGCUAAAACAUUCCAGGAAUAAUUACAAACGAAAGUGCGUCGAGAAAUUUUGAUAUUUGAAACAUUUGUCCAGUGGCGUCCAUUUAUGCAACACGCUUCGCAUAUUUUUAGCUACUGUAACUUAAGAUGUCGAUAUCUAGACAACCAUUCAGAAAAUCUAACAAGCCUGACAGCACCAUUGUUGAUUGAUUCCUUGUGAUACGACUGUGCAGCCACUUUGCUUUUGCUGCGGCAUCUGAUACCCGAUAAAUUCAAUAGAGGAACCCUCGGUCGUUUCACGCUUAAUCGGCUCCUGACACUUCCUAAAAGGAAAACUCGCUUAAAUCAUAUCUUUAUCGUAAACUGCAUUUAUUAAGUCUUCUUCUGAUGUAUAGUUUGCUAGGAUUUUAGUGAAACUAGCGCGGGUACGAAUAUUUGUUGCCGAAGGACACCCGCGGAGGUUGGAAGUAACCUUAACAAGGACUUACUUAUUAACUGGCUACUGCCAUUGGCCUGUAGCAACGACUAGUGAGCACCAUCAAACUUAUUUUUUUGGCUGUUAGUGGUUUUAACCCGAGAGUAACAGCGUAUGGUGUUAUGUGAUCUUGUGGGCAAGGGUGUUGUACUGAAAAGGACUUUUCAGAGAAAAAGGAUUGAUGUCUCAACAACCUCAUCGGAAGUUGUCACAUCAGUGGACUCAGAGAUGAUUCACGCUCAGGUUGUCAAAGCAUCAGACUCCGUUGCCGAGUAAAGUCGUUCUCAGGAAUACCUCACCCGGACGGUCAGACCAGUCGACUUACUAUGAUUAUUGUUCGCACAAGCAUUUAAGUCACAGGAAGAACACAAACAAAUGAAAUUUGUCGUCCAGGAAAAUUUCCUGUGAAGCUUUGUAGAAGAAAACCUUCUCGUGUUAAAGGGGCUCUCGAUGUAGCCGUUUGGUGUGUAUUUUUCAGGGUGGUCGAUGACGAAAUCUUUUUGACUAUGGAUGAUGGGCGGAACGCUUUGAAAGCUUUGGAGCUUGACGGAAAAGAGGUAAAGAUUUGGUAAAUGUGGAAUUGUGCCUGAAGUAUGGGCACAUAGGGGCGCUGGGUCUUACAGCAGCUUCUUAAAGAAUUUUGGGGCGCAAAGACAAAAGCUUCCAUUUUGCACGAAAAUAUACUCGUAUGUUCGUUCAAAACUGCGAAAGCAAAGCUCAAGGAAAACUAUGAUCGUUAAGGAAAAGAUAGCGUCCAAACGACAAAUGUAUAGGAGUGCAUUUCCGCGUUAAUCUUGGCAUCUCGUGUCUAGUAUUAUGCAGACUGAUUCAGAGCUACUUAAGACGGUUUUGUAAGAGUUCCCGUCAUCGUACAUGAAAAAAGAACCCCUCAACUUGUUCACUUGUUUCGCAGUUUGACAAGUUGAAUGCAUGUUCACUAAAUGACGCACUUACGAUUUUGUUUUCGCAGAUAUCUGGUAAAACAGUGCAAGUUUGUCUUAAAUCUGAAUCACUCUUAUCCAAAACGGACCUUACAGUUCAAAACCUUGUCUCCCACGAGUCCUCAUUCAGUGGCAACUCUGAAGAUUACAGAAAUUUUACGUUAAAUCCUGUCAGAGGUCGGGCGCUGUCAGAUCUGUUGUCGUCCUCCUCAGAAAAGCAGUCAGUGGACUUACCUGUCCUGGAACCAAUCAGGAUUCAUUCAACAGAAGCUUUGGAUGAUGAAAAUUCCGAGAGUGAACCGGAAGACGAAGGAAAUUAUGCGGUAAAUUAUGAUAGUGACGAUGAUAGCGAACCCGAAGCAGACCGUGAAAUGAAGAAGACCGGCAACGAAUGCUGUGGUAAGGAACUUACUACUGUUUAGUCAUGCAGCUUUAUGUUACAAUCUGCCUUUGUGGCAGGGAGGUUUUAUCGGAAAGUCUUCGCUGCCACAGAAUUUUGCCUAGACAUUUUUCAUUCGAUGAAAAUGAGACUGCGAGCACCAAACCUGUUUCAAGUUUUAAACGAGAUACUAAGGCAAUAAUUCCCCUCAGAAAUUCAAGUAUCGUUUGACUUCAGGAGAGCAUGAUAGUGGGUUGAAUCAUUUUAUUGGUGGUACUUAUGCCCGUUUCGUGGCAAGAACUUUUUUCGCUAUUACGUUGAUAUUGGAAACUGUCGUUUCCAUCAGACCGACAGUAGCGAUUUUUUUAUGAAAUCCCGCCAUGAUCCUGGUUCGUGCCUGAAAACUUUCUUAAUAGUGGAAAAUCUUCCACUUACAACUGCUUCACCUAAACCAAAACGCCUCUUUUGUUUAAUAGACGAAGGCCCUAAACGUGACGACAAUCAAAAGCCUGGACCUAAACGGCCACCACCACCUAGGCCAGUGCCUGCGAGACCCAAACCUCCAGUAAAAGCCUUAGCUCAGGUCAACAAAGUCGAGGAGAUCCUUGUAGCUUCUGCACCUGUUGACGCCGGCCAAUCUGUGGCAGGUGGGGCCCUUGAUGACUUUGAUCCCUUGGUGAAGGAAUCUGUAAAACCUUCAAAACCCAGCAGACCUGCGCCGCCAAAACGACCAGCCCCUCCGAAAAGGGCCAUUGGUGGCCCUAAAGCGCCUCUCUCUGAGGCCCUUCCGGAGGGUCCUAAACCCAAGCCUAAGCCUAAAGUGGACGUCAUUCAUGCAUCCGCCAAGAAAGGCAAACAGGUACUCAGCUGGGCGUACUCUGAUUUGUAACUCUCUAUUCCACUUGACAUACAUGACCUUUUAAAUCGGCAAGAAGAAGAUGGUACUGCUUAAAGAAAACGACCUUCAGCUUAUAAGUUUGUGUAUUCCCCUAAGUUGCUUGCUCGAUAAUGUUUUGAUAUUUUAGAGAGACGCUUAUUGUUCCAAGUUAGACACUUGGAAAAAUGAGCGUUAAUCAAACUGCACUGUUACUUAGUGGAGUUGCAUGAUUUUGUUUGUAUAACUAAUAACAUAAUAUAUAUCCCAAACCAUACCAAUGCCUCUAUUUUCCUUCAGUUACUGAACUUUGUUGCCGACCAUAACAGCUGACUCAGUGACUUGCACCAUUUGGUUGCUGUUAUUAAUUUCCUUUGUAAUUUUACUCUUUAGAGAUGGAUUAUUUUGACAUGUAGGUUGCUUAUUUUCUGCCAGUCCUAUGUGUCAAUGCACCCUGUAUACAUAAAAGAACAGAGUUGUACGAUGGAUGAAUGAUUUUAUUGUCGGCCGCCAUUUUGAGGGAGGCUUCAUUAGUCUGUUUAUCAGCUGACAUAAUGACUUAACGUUUAUUUUCAAGGGUCCUGGUAUUGGUGUUCCAUUUAAUGUUCAACAUGUGGCUCACAUUGGCGCUGAUAACGUGCAGGCUUUGUUGCUUGCAGCCAAAGAUGAUCCUAAACUACUGCCAUCAUUUUUGCUGCCUGAUGGUGUUACCAGUGAAAAAGAGGACGGUAAGAACUCGGUUGAAAAAGCCGAAACAAAAACAGGUGUUUCAAUUAGGCUAAGUAGGGGGCAGACAGAAAUGAAGAAGGCUGAGCUUCGAAAAAGUGUGACGGGCCAGCGGUUUUGUCCUUUCCAUUCUUCCUGUUGUUCCUAACCCCCAUAAAACCGCCAGAGUUGCCGGCCAGUGAAGAUAGAUCAUAAAUAUACAUGCUUGCUUAAGAAAAGUCGGUGUUAGACUAUGUAUAUUUCGGGCCGAAGUAAUUUUCUAACGCUUCCUUGUCUUCGUCUAGCGUUACGUGAUCGCCGGGAAGAGAGUUAAAUAUUCUUUUGAACGCGGGACCAAGGCAGUGCUAGAGAACCGAUCGCUGGAUAGGGUGUCGUCCUUUUCUGUUUCUUCAGUGGCAAGGGCAUAGAGGUCGAACGCAUUGAGUAAUAGGAAGUUUCCUGACAGUGGUAACGCCAUGUAGCGCUACGUAACGCUACGUAACGCAAUACAUUAAACUUUCUUUUUCAGAUGGAAAAGGCGAAAAUGGUCAACCUUUAACACAGCAGACGUCACAUGACGAAGAUAAAAGUUCAGAUUUGGUUCUCCCUGGUUCAAACACACAUCGUGCUACGGCUGAUAACGAAGAUGAGCUAAUUAAAAGGGCUUCAUCUCUUUCCAAACCAACUCCUAUGCCCAGGCCUCGUUCAAUUGUAUUUGAAAAAGACCCUAAAAAUGAUAUCAGAGUCGAAGAGACAGCAGUGAAACCGGUAGCACCUCCGCGGACAAAAACCAAGUCGUUAGGAGUGACAGUCACUGAAAGUAAUCAACCUGCCAUGAAAGUACCUAAACCGGAACCUCCUCAGAGACGGGACCUUAUCCCUUCUCCACCUUUGAAACCCAAACGUAAACCGGUCUUCAAUGAACUUCCAAAUGAACAGAAAAAUUAUCUUUGACAGCAACUCAUCUAAAAUGACUUAUAUGUCCAGCGAAAACAUUAGUUUUACUGCGCCAGACUUCCAAGUAGGUGUGUCUGCGGAAGACUCUUCUGAAGAACCUUUCUUGAAGGUUGACGCCAAGGGAGCUCCACCUCCGAUCCCCCGCAGAGUUGAUUUGGAAUAGGUUUUUUAACUGCAAUGUGCAGUACCUCUUAUGGAAUCAAUGAACAUAUUUUUGAUGUUGUUUUAUUUUGAAGAAGUUAAGGGAACUCGAGAGGGAGCCAAAGGGGAUAUGGUAGUAAUCCGAGAAAAAUGAAAAAUUUUGGGGUACGAUUUAGCAUGAAAAUGAUGACCUUCCCUCUCUUUGGAUAUCAACAACGUAAAGAUGAGGCUAAGAGUUGAACCAUUACUUUAGACAAAAGUACUUUCUUCCAACCUCAACUCUAAAUACUUCUUUCACGUAUGCGCUCUCAAACACGAAGCGCUUGUAACAAUAAUGCGUCGGUCAGUUCGGAGCUUCAACAUCCCCCCCAGACAUUUGAACUUUUCAAGUUUGGUUUGGUCAAAUUCCCGCGCCCUUCCCUCCGGAGAAGGAAUUGUGUUCAAAUGCCCCACCCAAUUUUUUCUAAAAGGCAAAAUCAGCGACCGUGGCUUUCUAACCAUAAACCAAUCUUUAAAACCUGGAUUGUGGAGAUCUUUUCCUCUGAACCAUAGUUUUGAACUAUUCACCUUUAUCACCUCCAUAUCUCCAUAUUUAAAGAUAUAAUACUUGUAUUCCGCUGGAAUUACUAGACACUUUUGGUUCAAAUUCCCUACCCCUGCCAGGCAAGUUUCAAAUUCACCACCCUUGGGCACGGGGGGGCGAGAAAGGUCAAGCCAAGAUUGACUGGCGCAUAAUGAGCUUAAGCAUAAUAUGUACUUUUAAAACAGACGAAGAAGGUUAAUUAAAGAACGUGUGAGUGACAAAUGACGGUUGCGCUUGCCAGGCAAGUGGUUUUUGUUGGCCUGACUCCCAUUCCCACGGUUUUUCGCGUGCCCGCUUCUAUCACCCGUUUCAACUCGCCGAGAAUCUGGAACAAGCUAGAAUUAGACUGACAGAAUAAUGUCUUCUU